AUGAUGUUCUUCAUGCUUUGCCUCGUGCUCGCUGCUUCGCUCGUUCUCGUAACUCCUCUGCCGCGUCGCAUACAAGAUCCUAUGGAUCGACAAAUUUCACUGGAUAAACUUCUGGACCGGAAAGUGUCGUUCAAUCGAGCUGCUCUCGACUACUACAUUGACAUCCUACAUGACUAUAAAGAUUAUGUACCAAAGGAGAUCCAAGAAAUAUUCGACAACCUCUCCGAUCAAACUAGGAACGACAUGGUUGCUGCAGUGAAUGACAUUGAGGCUGGUACUAUACGAAUUCCUAACGAUCCCCAGAAGAUUAUCGAUUAUGUCGCAAAACACACACCUCAACUUGGCGACAAUCUCGAUCAUGCUAUGGAUUUGCUUAUGACCAACGUGAACAAACUUAAUCCAGAGACCAAAAAAGCAUUUAAGAAGUGGUGGGACCGUGUUUUCGAAGCGGUCUCAUGCCCUGAGGAUAAAUUGGCCAAUUGUAUCGCUCGUGUUAUUUCGGAUUUCAAAGCAGCCUACGACAAAGCUAGCAAUACCAUCAAAAGUGACGUUCGAUCUGUAUGGCCUCAAGCUUACAACCUACUCGAAAGUGAUUUUGCCGAGAAAUUCGCCGAUGUUGCUAAGAAAUUCGCUGAUGGUGGCCUUACUAUGGACAUCCAUAUACUGACCGCUGAUGCUCAAUAUCCACCAAAAGAGCCCAAGGUGAAGAUUUACAAUAAUCGCCAAAGCCGUUUCAACAAUGAAUUCGGAACGGAUUUUGACAAAUAA